CGAGGCGGGGGAGGGAGGGAGGGAGGGGGCGGCCGGCCGGCCAUGGUGGUGAACAACUUCACCGGCCCCGGGAUCGGGCUGGGGUUCGGCAUCGGGUGCGGGUUCGGCGUGGGAUGGGGGUUCGGAGGAAUGCCUCUGAAUAUGUUUGGCUUGGGCAUCGGUGGCGGAUGCGGAGUUGGUCUUGGGCUAGGGUGGGGCUUUGGCAAAGCUUAUGGUUGUCAGUAUCGAUCUUCUAGAGUCCAGUUUCAGGGCAUUGAGUUUCAGAAGAAGACUGAAGGAGAUGAAGCAUCAAACCUUGUUUGUCCAGAUCGUGUUAAAAAAUCUCGUCCUUAUGGGUAGUAUGGCUUUGCCUUAUAGUUCACAUAAGCAAACCUUCCUUUCCUCAAUGUGUCUUAGUUACCUACCUGCAUGUUUCUUUGGUAGCAUCUUGUUCUUAAUCUCAGCUUUGGCAUUUAUUGUAACAAGAAUGAUGUUAAUGGACAGGGUUUUCAACUAUGUUAUUAGCUUAUGUUCUCUGGAUUCAAUUGUCAAUGCAUUUUUCCAGUAUUUUGAAACUCUAGCU